CCUCCCUCUGUCUGCCCCCUCCUUUCUCCUCUGUCUCUGUCUCUCUCUCUUCUGAAUCCUGUAAGAGGAAGUUGGAGAAACUAUGCUUCUUAACCAGUAAAUUCUACCAGGUAUACAUGUUCCUGGUGAAGUGGCAGGACCUGUCUGAGAAGGUGGUCUACCGCCGCUUCACAGAGAUCUACGAGUUCCAUAAAGUGUUAAAGGAGAUGUUUCCUAUAGAGGCGGGGGACAUCAGCACGGAAAACAGGAUCAUCCCCCACCUGCCAGCCCCGAGGUGGUUCGAUGGGCAGCGGGUGGCGGAGAGCCGCCAGGGCACGCUCACCGAGUACUUCAGCACGCUGAUGGGCCUGCCGGUCAAGAUCUCCCGCUGCCCACACCUCCUCGACUUCUUCAAGGUUCGCCCAGAUGACCUUAAACUCCCCUCCAACAAUGAAGUGAAAAAGCCAGAGACGUACCUGAUGCCUAAAGAUGGCAAGAGCGGUGUUGCUGACAUCACAGGCCCCAUCAUCCUGCAGACAUACCGUGCCAUCGCUGACUAUGAGAAGAACUCGGGCUCCGAGAUGGCGCUGGCCGUGGGGGACGUGGUGGACAUCGUGGAGAAGAGCCAAAGCGGCUGGUGGUUCUGCCAAAUGAAGACAAAGCGUGGCUGGGUCCCAGCAUCCUACUUGGAACCCCUGGAUAGUCCCGAUGAGCCUGAGGACCCGGAGCCCAAUUAUGCAGGGGAGUCCUACGUCACCAUCAAAGCCUACCUUGCCGUGAUGGAGGACGAGAUAUCCCUGCAGGAAGGUGAAACCAUCGAGGUCAUUCAUAAACUCCUGGAUGGCUGGUGGGUCAUCAGGAAAGAAGAAGUCACCGGCUACUUCCCGUCCAUGUACCUGCAGAAGGCCGGUGAGGACCACACCCAGGCCCACCGCCAGAUCAAGAGCCGAGGGGCGCCACCCCGCAGGUCGUCCAUCCGUAACGCACACAGCAUCCACCAGCAGUCGCGGAAGCGCCUCAGCCAGGACACCUACAGACGAAACAGUGUCCGCUACCUGCAGCAGCGUCGCCGCCCAGCGCGACAAAGCCCGCAGAACCCUCGGAGUGCGCAGAAGGAGCAGCCGCAGACCGAUCGCGCAAGGCCGCAGCCUGCUGUACCCCCACGGCCCAGCGCAGACCUCAUCUUGAAUCGCUGCAGCGAGAGCACCAGGCGGAAGCUGGCGACUCCCACUUGAGGCCACCUCGGGAGGACGGCCUUGCCCCUCUGCAUCCACCAGCCUCUAUCCUUGUAGUGCCUGAUGUCCGGCUGUCGAGGGUAGCCCUGGGCCCUGUCCCACCUAGAUGCCUGCCCCCCUUAAUAAAU